CCAACUCAACUCUGUUACGUCACGGCGCGGUGGUGGCGCUUCGAGCGCACUUCCGGUACUUCCGGUUUUUUCUGGUGGGCAAAACAAACCAGGCGAGGCUGGCAGGGCUAUGGACUUCUGUUAAGAAAACAUCAAUACCUUGCUAUUUGUUGCAAUGCCUCAGAGUUGUGUAGCUUGGGGCUGCACCGAAAGAGCCCGGAAAGGUUCGGCGAUUGGAUUUUAUCGUUUCCCUGCCUGCCCGAACCGUCGGAGUGUGUGGACCGACGCUGUGAAAAGAAAGGACUGGACGCCGUCGGACGAGGAUCGCCUGUGCGGAAAGCACUUUCUGACGGGAGCACCGACGAGCGAUGCGGACCACCCGGACUACGUUCCGAGCGUUUUCGCGUUCAAGCGGCCUGAGCGUGUGGACCGCGUUGGGAAAUACGAACGAGCAAAGCGACGCCGGAACAACCCAGCUCGUGUUCCCGCGGUUCCUGCCUUGCCAGGAGUACCUGCAGUGACUCUGAGCAACCCGCCAAGCACUGCCGAGGCAAAAGAAGUCAUCAUGCCAGAGGCCUCCCCAGGCCAGGAGCACCCAGCACCAGACACUUUAAGCACUGCCGGAAUAGAACUAAGGCUCACGCCAGAAGCCCCUCCAGCACCGGAGAACAGUGCACAAGAUUCUUUUAGAGCUGAGAAAGAGCAAGGCAUCAUGCCAGAACCCUCCACAGCACAGGAGCACCAUGAACCAGCCUCCAGCAAACACACGGCGGAGAACUCGGCCCAAACAGAUGUGGUGGUGACUGUUCCUUGCUUUAUCUGCUCUUCCAAGUUUGAAGCACUGCAGAAAGAGGUACUUCAUCUAAAACACAAAGAAGCAAAGCUGCUGUCCGAUAAUGCAGUUCUCCUCCGAAGCAUGGAGGUCAGACCUGUAACCACCUGCUCUUCCGACCAGCUGACCGAAUCGUCAGUCCAAUUCUACACUGGCCUGCCGAGCCUUGCCCUCUUCGCUCUUAUUGUACAGUUGAUGCAAGAGGGCACAAAAUACCUGCCAAGCACUGUGUCCCUGGGAGAUGCCGUGCUCAUGGUGUUGGCAAAAUUCCGUCUUGCACUGCUCAACCGAGAUCUAGCUUUUCGUUUCAAUGUGUCGGAGGGGACGGUCGCACACAUAAUGGUUAACCUCAUUCCCUUGCUCGCAACAAUUUUUUCGAAGUUCAUCAUAUGGCCCACACGACCAGACAUUGCUCGAACGAUGCCAACCCUUGUCCACCGGCACUACCCACGAUGUCGCGUCAUUGUAGAUUGCUCUGAAUGCCGAAUUCAAAGACCGCUCUCAUUCACUGCCCGCUCACAAACAUAUUCACACUACAAGGGUACUAACACUAUCAAAUUCCUAAUAGGAGUGACGCCGUGUGGUGCAGUGAGUUUUAUCUCCAAGGCGUGGGCAGGCAGGGUAUCGGACAAAAAGCUCACUCAGAAAAGUGGCCUGCUUGAUAAGCUUGAGAGUGGAGACACUGUUUUAGCCGACCGUGGAUUCCUCAUUCGUGAGGACAUAGGUAGGGUGGGAGCAACACUUGUUGUGCCCGCAUUCACCAGGGGCAAGCGGCAGCUUCCCGCACAGGAAGUAGAGACUGCGCGGCAAAUGUCAAAGAUUAGGAUCCACGUAGAGCGAGCCAUCGGUCGUAUUAAGGUUUUUAGGAUCUUGCAAGACAGACUGCCAAUAACGCUGCUGCGACAUGCCACCAACAUCCUGCUCAUAUGUUCUGGCAUUACGAACUUGAAGCGCAAAUUGUUGUAGGCACUGUUCAUGAUGCGUGAACUCUGCUGGUCAAGGCAGGGAACUUGAAAAACCUGCUACAUGCAUGGUUCUUGAAAAGGAGCCUCCUGCUAGUUUCAAUG